ACAGCGAAGCUUUGAUUUUUCCAGACGAUUACAACGCGUCUAAUUUUUUUCUUCUUCUCUUUUCUUUUUUUCUUUGGUUGUAUUAAGUGUCUGGAGUUUGUUGCUUAGCAGCCUGAAAAUGACUCCUGAUUGGUUGAUACCUCGCACUCUCUCCAGCGCGUUAAAACGCUUCUGAAAGGUGCACGAGGCGCGCUUCAGAACUGUUCCGAACUCUGAUGAACCUGCGAAACCGCGAGCCGCAUCAGUACUUCUCUCUGAGCAUUUGGGAAUAUUCUGUUUGCAUUAUGUACUUUAGUUUAUCGACAGUGGAUCAGCAUCUUCUGAAGUGGGAACAGAGUGAAGAGACAGAUGGAUCCAGCUCACCUCACACACGAGCUUUCAGUGUAGGUUUAUAGGCUGAAGGGCUCAGCGUUACACAGAACACAAUGAUCACAGAUUCAUCAAGUCCAGCAGAGUUCUACGAGGACAAUGCUUCACUGCUGUCCUUGGACUCUAGUGUUUUCUUCAGCGAGCCUGCACUACCUAGCAACGAUCCGCUGGAUUUCUUCAUUAUAAAUGUGGGAGGCAGUCGGUAUAUCCUCUCUCAGGAACUAUUGGCCUCUCACCCGGAGACUCGUCUGGGCAAGCUGGCCCUCUCUAGUCGAGACUCUGCUUUAGAUCUAUGCGACGAUGCAGAUUUCUUGGAGAACGAGUUCUUCUUUGACCGCAACUCGCAGACCUUUCAGUACAUCAUGAACUUCUACAAGACGGGUCACUUACAUGUGCGAGAGGAGCUGUGUGUGAUCUCGUUCCUUCAGGAGAUCGAGUACUGGGGCAUCGAUGAGAUCCGCAUAGACAGCUGUUGUAGGGACAGAUACUACCGGCGGAAGGAGAUGAAGGAUUCGUUUGAUAUUCGUAAGGAUGCUGAAGUAAUAGACAACGAGGAGGAGGACUUCACCGGUGUUUUGUGCCAGGAGUUACGCCAACGUCUAUGGGAUCUUAUGGAGAAGCCGGACUCCUCUAAGGCGGCCAAGAUGUUUGGGACGCUAUCCAUGUUCUUUGUAGUGGUGUCCAUCCUGAACAUUGCUCUGAUUUCACUGGACUUCACAAUACUUGGUGCACCCAUCAUCUUGGACGCUCUCGAGUACAUUUGUAUCAUUUGGUUCACCGGUGAGCUGGUGCUCAGGUUCAUGUGUGUUAGAGAUAAGUGUAGGUUCAGCAGGAGUGUGGCGAAUAUCAUUGACCUACUGGCUAUUCUGCCCUUCUAUGUGACUCUGGCCGUGGAGAGCCUGCAUGGUGGAUCUACGGAGCUGGAGAACGUUGGACGGGUAGUUCAGGUGCUGCGCCUAAUGAGGUCUCUCAGGAUGCUAAAACUUGGCCGACACUCAACAGGUCUCAAGUCUUUGGGCAUGACUAUCGCCCAAUGCUACGAGGAAGUUGGCCUCCUGAUGCUGUUCCUUUCCGUGGGUAUCUCCAUCUUCGCCACAGUGGAAUACGCUAUUGAACAUGACAUGCCAGAGACCACCUUCACCAAUGUACCCAGCGCUUGGUGGUGGGCCACCACGUCCAUGACCACAGUAGGGUAUGGAGACAUCCGUCCGGACACGGCACUAGGAAAAGUGAUGGCCUUCAUCUGCAUCCUAUCUGGCAUUCUAAUUCUCUCGCUACCUAUCGCCAUCAUCAACGAUCGGUUCUCCGCCUGCUACUUCACACUUAAAAUGAAGGAGGUGGCGCUGCGGCACGGGGAGGCGCUGAAACGACUGACUCGCAGCUCGGCCUCAGAUAUGUCAGCGAUAGGGGUGAACUUACGGGACGCCUACGGCAGAAGCAUACUGGAGAUGCUGCGGUUGCAGGGGCGAGAGCGAGCCAGCACACGCAGCAGUGCAGGAGAUCUUUGGUGAUAACAGUAGGCCUGCACGCGGCCUGAGAGAGAGACAGAUCAAGUGAGUGAGAGUGGUCUUUUAAGGAUCUCAAAACCUUUAAAGGCAUCAAAGGCUCAAAAUUUGCUUAAUCUUUAGAGUUUAUUGCAUUCGAAAAACAAAAUCAUCCUGCAAAAAACAACUGAACGUUCUAGUGUUUCCGAUGUAGAAACAUUGCAAUCCUGUAACAAUCAAAUGCAGCUUUGCAAAGUGGCUAAAAUGGUACAGUGGUAACACUGUAUUAGAAAUGAGCCCAAACCUGCAGCAUUGCAGAUAAAGUGCUACUGCUCAUUUCACAUGCAAAUGGGUAAUUUCUUAAUGUUGCGAUCUAAUGGAAGAAGCAACAGAUCUUUUCUUCCAUACUGGGAUGUAAAUCCAAGUGAAGCUGAUUGGAUGGAGGAAAUUGUGCAUGUAAUUGUAAGAAAGAAGAGGGGUUUCAAAUUUUCAAGUUUUCAAUUUACAAUUCUGUCAUAAUUUACUCACACUCAUGUCUUUCCAAACCUGUAUAAUUUUCUUGCCUCUUUGGAACAUGA